GGAACCUUGCGUUCGAGAUUUGGUAGCAGUGAGCUUGGAGAAAAGGCUUAAUGAACCGCUCCGACUUUUAGUUGAAUUCCUAAAAGAUAAUAGGAUUGUGGUGUAAUGACAAAUCAAUUGUAGGUGUUAGCGGUCCACAUGGGUCAGUAGACCCGAAGACCUUAGGGAAGGGUGGGGAGGAGAAAAAAAAAAAGGUUUGAAUUUAGUACUUUUAAGAUUUGAAUUAAAUAGUUUUUAAACGUUUUUCUCUUUAUUUUGAGUUUUUUAAGGACUAAAAACCGAUUUUUUGUAUUUAGUACUUUUUAACCUUAAAUUUAGUACUUUUCAUGCUUGAUCUUGAAAAUUUUUAUGCUAAAAUUGAAUAUUUUUAAGGCUUUUGCUCCUUAAUCUUUCUAAUUUAUAUUUUUAUAACUGAAAAACAAGUAGAUCUUAUCUAGCCCAGUUAUUUUAAUUCCUUUUUAUCUGAAUACCCUCCAAAGAACUAAAAUAAUUUCUCUCAGAUAAACACCCCUUGGAAGAAAAUUUCUCUCCGGACGGUUGCUAGAAAUAAAAUAAAAACAAAUAUAGGAUUAGACGAUUUUUGUGCAUAUAAUGACAUUGACUGACUCGUCUCUGUCUCACAAGUCAGAUAUAUUUAGCAACGUUAAGAUCUUCACAUCCAUUUGCAAAUAAAUCUGAUUGUAUACAUAAUUUGAGAUACAAUUGUAUUACAUUGUCGCGCCAAGAUCAGACGAUGGCGGGAUAUUUUAAUUCCACUGAAUUCUUGUCUAAAGCGUGGAAUUAGUUGCACAAUAACCCAUUUUAUUUAAUGUGCUUAAGAUAUGGAAUUUUCUGCUUCAAUAUUUCGGUUUUAGGAUGUUUAAAAUGUUAAAAGUGAGUGGUAAAAAGAAAAUUUCAUGUUGGAUUUGAACCCGAGGAUUUUCGUACAAGAGACAAGAGCGUUGUCUCCUGCACUAAUUACUUCGUAUUUAUCAUAAAUACUUUAAAACCAAAAUAUUUCAGUUCUUAAAAAUUAAAAAAAUAAAAUGUUGGAAAAAAUAAAAAAAAUCAUCUUGCAGCAAUUAAGGAAUAACUAAGAAAAGAAAAACAAAGAAUAAAUAAAAAAUCAACCAGCACAGUGUUGUGUCAAAUGUGUCAAGGUCCAUUUGGAUGUCUUAAGAAUCUGUGCAUUAAACAUCUUUUUGUUUAUAACCUGAAGAUAAUAAAAAUAGCGACAAGAUAAAAAAAACAGACGAGUAAAUGAAAUAAAAAGUUUCUUUUGGUCUCUUUUUAUCCAAAUUCGUCAUCAUUUUGCUGUUAAAACUAAUUUCUGGGUGUGUCUCAUGUUGCGAAUAAUGUUUUCUCAAUCUUACAAACUAUGUUACUAUCAGCUUUACUAUGUUAGUAAAGCUGAUUUCCUUGGUUAUUACUAAGAAGUAAAUUUCUAAGAAGACCUUUGAAUAUGAAUUUUAUAUGUUAGGAAAUUACAGUGAAAAAAUAAAAUUAAUUUGGUGGGCAUAUUCGAUACAGUAGUCGUCUGUAUAGAAGCCCUCGCGUUGUGAUUCCCAAAAGCCCUCUAUUGGUUGUAUGAAAACGAAUCAACAAUCAUUUCAUCCAAACGCAGACAUUAUUCCACUCAAUAACAUUUUUCACGAUUGAUAUGGCAGUUGAAUUUUUUUUUUGUUAAUAUUUAUAGCUUAGAGAGAAAUCAAAAAAAUUCUUCCAAAGCUUUCGGCACUAUUUGUAUAUUUUUUUUUAGUAGGUUAUUUUCAAUUUUUUAAUAAUUUUUUUUUGAUCCUGUAACUGUGUGUUUAGAUGAGGAAAAGAACAAUGAAGAGACCUAAAAAAAUAAAACAACUGAUGUUAUGGGACUAGCUUAUGUGUCUCAAACUGAAGAAUUUUUUCGUCCGGAAUUUGGUGUUUUCCGGAAGCGAAAUAGUAAAAAUAACGAAAACUUUGGAGAUUUUCAGAAGUAAAAAAAUUAUUUUGCUUCAUCUUAACACUCUGAUCAUGCUUAAGAUUUAACUAGAUCCUCUUCAGGAUUUCCGGAAAAGAAAAUACGUGUUUUCCGGAAGUAAAAUAGUAGAAAUUAACGAAAACUUUUGAGACUUUCAGACAUAAAAAGGUUAUUUGCUUUAUUUCAAUUCUAGGAUCAUGCUUAAGAUUUAACUGAAUCCUAUUCAGGAUUUAGGGAAAAGGAAAUACAAGUUUUCCGGAAGUGAAUCUUUUCAAAAUCAACUAACCCACAAAAUUAUUUUAAAAAAAAUUUGUUGUUUAUUAAAUUAAGACUUUAGUUGACUAUCCUAUCCAGGAAGAUACGAAAGAAUAUUAGCGAUUGUAGGACCUAAUUUAAUCCAAUGUUCGUUAAUCGAAUCAUUUGACAUUAUGCUGCACGAGGCUGUUGUGCAGUACUCCAGUGUAAAGUAAAAUAAUUAUUAUUGCAUGUUUUCAUCACGUGAAGCAAAUCAAUAAUAAAAAAAACCAAAAAUUCUCUGAAAGGGCAUCUCUAGAAAAAACUUCUUUGGGGAUUUCCGCGCAGAAAAAAGCAACAUUCCUUGAAUUUCAGCAUAGAUCAUGUUCUUGCUUCCACCCACAUCGCCAUGUGAUCCAGUUUGGCUUAACCACGCCGGAGCAUGUUCAGUGAGCAACCUUGCGCAUUGUGUGUAACAUGUGCUCUGUUGCAAUUAUCUUAACAUUGUCACCUGCUGAUCAUUGUUUUCCGCGAAUGUUUCAAGCCUAAUCGCAUAUGCGUCUGUGCAGAGUAUGCAUUAUGUUCUGUGAAACUACAUCAUCUCACAGCCAUCUGCCGACGUGAUCGUGAUAAAAAAAACCAUGGCGAAAGCAUUUUUUUUCUCGUGGCUCUCUUUUGAGAUUAGACGCGCACACAACGAAAUGUUGUGGAGCAGAUAAAACUUCGGACGGUCCUCAUUCUUCGCUCAGACUGUCUCCGCGAUCGGCCUAGUCCGUGUGCCACAAAAGCCGUCUUGCGCAUCGGGGGCCUUCUCAGUGGUGCGCUUAUGUCACAGCGCUUCAGUUUGAAUUGAUAACAGAUCGCGAUCGGAGCUUAUUUCCACCAACUCCGUGAAUGGGCCACGUUUUCGCCAUUUCUCGGAAAUUUUAGUUUCCCGUGAAUGAAGAUUUUUAUUUAAAAAACUAUUUUUAGAUACGUUCGUUUUAAGUAAAUAAACUUUUUUUUAGCCGUUAAGUGAUCGUUAAUUUUAGUGACAAAUUAAAUAAGUAUUCUCUCUGUGUUAGGCGCGGGAAAAAGAGUGAAAAUUAUCGGGAGUAUGAGAAAAAAAUGCUGGCAAUUCAUGGAAAUUCAGCAAGAACACCAAUUGUCGCGUACAGGGUGUUUAGUGUUACAUAAAUAAGAUUAUUUCAGACAAAAUUUCAACCAAAAAGCAAAAUUGCUUUUGAGGCAAAAAAAAAAAAAAACAGAAAAUCCUUCCGUGUUGAGUGAAAAUUUGUGUUUAGCUGUGAGAAUUUUUUCGUCCGAGAGAGAGAAAAUUCCUUUUGGCACAUCCCAAAAAUAAAUGGGAGCCGCACUUUUGUGAUUCUCAACUUUGUGUCACAACGAAGCGUGAAAGUCUCUUCGGUAUACAGACCAUGAGUUAAGCCAAGUUGCAAAGAAAAAAAAAUCCCUCAAAGAGUAUUCUCAAAAAACUCUGCCUAAAUGCAUCUCAAACUGUGAUUGGACGUCUUCGAUAAACGAAGAUUAAGAAAGAAGAAAAAAAAGUCAGCAAAGAAUCAAAUAUACAGCACUAUAAGUCUAAUAAAUCAAGCAGCUUAAUCACCACGAGAUAGAGCAAAUAUGGUGGCCACAGGCGAAAAUCGCACACGAAAUGGUCACGUUCUUGUGUGGGAGCAACCAGGGCUGUUUCAGAGUGAGGAUGGAAAGCACAAGAAAAAAUGGUUGGGUACGCGCCACUUUGUCACAUUCAUGCUCUUCCUGGGCAUGGCAAAUGCCUACGUCAUGCGAACCAACAUGUCCGUGGCUAUCGUGGCGAUGGUCAAUCACACAGCCUUGGAUGCGGAAGUUGAGGAGCUGGACGAUGAGUGUCCCGAUACGGACUAUGGAGAGCACACGGAUACCAUACAGGAUGGGGAAUUUGCGUGGAGUACGAGCCUUCAGGGGUACAUCCUGUCGUCCUUCUUCUACGGCUACGUCAUCACGCAGAUCCCCUUUGGCAUCCUGUCCAAGAGGUACGGCGCUCUUCGUUUCCUCGGCUGGGGGAUGUUCAUCAAUUCGGUAUUCGCCUUCCUCGUGCCCGUUGCCGCUCGUCAAGGUGGCUUUGGGUGGUUGAUUGUUGUACGCUUCAUUCAGGGCCUCGGUGAGGGUCCUAUUGUACCCUGCACGCAUGCCCUGCUGGCCAAAUGGAUUCCACCAAAUGAACGCUCCCGAAUGGGAGCCUUUGUCUACGCUGGAGCACAAUUCGGCACCAUCGUGUCGAUGCCACUGUCCGGCCUGCUGGCUGAGUACGGCUUCGACGGAGGCUGGCCGUCCAUUUUCUACGUCUUUGGAAUUAUCGGCGUUGUGUGGUCUGUUGCAUUCAUCUGGCUUGUCUACGAAGACCCAUCAUCACAUCCCAGGAUCGAUGAGCGGGAAAAGAAGUACAUCAUCAGUUCGCUCUGGGGAACAGCUAACAUCACGAAUCCACCAAUUCCAUUCAAGGCAAUCAUCAAAUCUCUUCCCUUCUAUGCCAUCCUCUUUGCUCACAUGGGUCAGAAUUAUGGCUAUGAAACCCUUAUGACAGAGCUCCCAACGUACAUGAAGCAAGUUUUGCGCUUCUCAAUCAAAGAGAAUGGAAUUCUCUCAGCUCUUCCGUACCUGGCCAUGUGGCUGUUCUCGAUGUUCAUCUCUGUGAUCGCCGACUGGAUGAUCUCGUCCAAUCGCUUCUCCCAUACGUCAACGAGGAAGAUAAUCAACAGUAUCGGGCAGUAUGGCCCGGCUAUUUGUCUCGUGAUAGCUUCCUUCACGGGCUGUGAUCGUGUCCUCACCGUGGCCAUGCUGACAAUUGGCGUGGGACUCAAUGGUGGCAUCUAUUCGGGCUUUAAGAUCAACCACUUGGACAUCACACCACGCUUCGCCGGCAUCCUCAUGGCCUUCACGAAUUGCACAGCCAAUCUGGCUGGGUUGCUGGCACCCAUUGCAGCUGGGAACCUCAUUGAGGGCAAGCCAACAAUUGCCGCCUGGCAAGUUGUCUUCUUCAUUGCGGCAGCCGUUUACAUCUUCUGCGCCACUUUCUACAACGUCUUUGCUUCCGGUGAACGGCAACCGUGGGAUAAUCCCCUAAAUGAUGAACCCGAACCACGGCGCUCCAUCCCAAAUGGCCACUCAAACACCGUCAUUGAGUCGCGGCAGUAAAAAUUCCUUCAAGCGCAUUAACACUUCUUUUAUCGGCCAUGGAGGUUACCUACAAAUAACAAUUUACCCUCCUCCGCAACUCGACACAGUGAAUACGCUACGAUAUAAAAUAGGAUAAAAAUAAAAUUUUCGCGUUUUUUUGCAAUAAAUCAGGCCAGGAAAUUAUGAGAGGAGAGCCCGCAUGGAGUGAAUGAGAUGAAAAAGAAAGAGAGAAAUUGAAUGAAGUAUGAAAAGUUUAUUGAAAUAACACAAAAAAAUAUAACAAUGAAUUUAUGAGAAUUUAUUUAAGAAGAAUAAAAUAAAAAAAAAGGAAUUGCAACAAGAAGUAAUUCCAUUUAGUGAGAUUUUUAUAACGAUGCAAAUGUAGGAAGACAAGUGAGAUAUAAUUUAAUUUACAAACUAAUUUGUAAUCUGUACAUAGGACAUCAUUACCUUAAUGAUUUAAUUUUCAACAAAGAAAAAGCAUAUCGAAGAAAUAAAAUUCUUCAAAAAGAA